AUACAGACACCAUGGCUUCAACUUGUGGCAACGAGCAACAACAAAACCAUGUCAACCACUGGAGAUGAUUCACUGACACUGUUACCAACAGGAUUCUGUACCACCAGCAGGACUGUCUCUUCCUGUGUGGAUAGCCAAGUCUGUAAGAUAAUAAUAUCUGAAGGUGACCGUUGAUUGAUUUUUCUCCCAGUCGAGACACACAAGCUGUUGACUCCCAAGUUAUAUAGUGGCGAGUUGCGACACACAAAAAAUUGACAUGACGUCGGUACAGUGUACAAUGACGAUCACUGUGGCAGUGACAGAACAAUUAAGAUGCAUGUCAUGUCAAUGAAUGUGACACUGGAGUUGUAAUUAACAGUGACAGGACAAGGUAGAUGUCAUCAGCCAUCUCAGUGAAUGUGACACUGGAGUUGUAAUUAACAGUGACAGGACAAGGUAGAUGUCAUCAGCCAUCUCAGUGAAUGUGACACUGGAGUUGUAAUUAACAGUGACAGUACAAGGUAGAUAUCAUCAGCCAUCUCAGUGAAUGUGACACUGGAGUUGUAAUUAACAGUGACAGGACAAGGUAGAUGUCAUCAGCCAUCUCAGUGAAUGUGACACUGGAGUUGUAAUUAACAGUGACAGUACAAGGUAGAUGUCAUCAGCCAUCUCAGUGAAUGCGACACUGGAGUUGUAAUUAACAGUGACAGGACAAGGUAGAUGUCAUCAGCCAUCUCAGUGAAUGUGACACUGGAGUUGUAAUUAUUGCUCAGUCAUGUGAUUUAUCAACAUAAAUAUAAGAUUUGCACAGAGAACUCAACCGGGCACUCUGCUCAGGUUCCCACCAAAACACCGAGAGAGAUUUACCUCUCAAGACUGACACUAACAGAUCUGUAAUUGCAAGGACCAACAGAAAUAAGACUAGAAAGAUGAAGUGCAGAACGAAACAGAACAACUGCACCUGUGCCACAACAGUGAUAGUGUUUAUUAUGAUUGGAACACUUGCAUCCAUAGUUCAAGGUGACCGACUUUCAGCGUGUUUUAACAGCUCAAAGAAAUCCAUCGACAUCUCGUGUGGGGCCGGUUCAAUGGUGCGGAUCCUCAAGGCCUUCUAUGGUUACAGUCCCACAGAGAUGUGCGAGUUCCGGGAGGGGGACUGCAUCCUCCCUGAGUACGAAGACUACCCAUGUGUGGGGCGGGAGUCGUGCAGUAUUAACCUGCCCACCGGCAUGUAUGGGAGUCUCAUCAAGUCGUGCGGCCGAUACAGCAACUACUUCCAGGUGGAAUACGAGUGUGUCGCAGCUGCAGUAACACAUGACCUGUGCAGCGCGCCACGCCUCACUGAACAAAGCGGGUACAUUGCCACACCACGCUACCCCAACAACUACCACAAGCAGAUGAGCUGCAAAACCAUCAUCCAGGUGGACCCCUCACAGAGGAUUCUACUGCACAUCAUCGAUCUUGAACUGCUACAAAAAGGCAAGACAGACUGUGCCGACUGGAUGUACUUCAAUGACAAGUUCCACACCAUCACCCUGUGUGGACGCCGUGCCAACGACACGUACAAGACGUUUGGGAACUAUCUCGAGAUCGAGCUACACACGAGUGGACCCAACACUAGCAAAGGCUUCUGGCUGUAUUAUGAAGCUUUCCCUGCUUUGACAUCCAGCACUGACAGCAGCCUGAAGAUGACAGCCAAGCCAAAGACAGGUUCACAAAACAGACGUACCAGCACGUCGACCAUCUUGAAAUCACUGACGACAAAAACAACAGAGCCAACCCACACACCAAUACCAGUGUACAGAGUCACGCCAGCUCAGAAGUCAUUACCUUUUGCUGAAAUUGCCGGUGGCGUGAUUGGAACGCUGACUCUUAUACUCAUUAUUCUACUGGCUUUACUGCUCGUUAAGUGGAUAAAAGACAGACGCUACCAGCAAGACAAGGCCCUCUUUCUGGAUCAUCGAAAUCCCGCGUUCCGUGAGAGUGGCGACUUCAACCGAUGUAGCAUUGACUCAGACUACUACCACUGUUGACUCGUACACAAAACAGAGACAUAACCAACUCUCAUCAUGCUUUCCAAUAGCAAUGUAACAAAGACAAUCACCAAAACGUGUCUUGAACAAACGAGAAAACAGAAUCUUUGAGUCACAUGUCUAGUCAAGCUGCAGUAAAGGUCAAGGUCAAGGUCAGUCAAAGUAAGCAGUCAACACAUGUUCAAGAUGGGGGAUAGAAGAAGACUGCAGUAGCUAUGUUAUUAUACGAAUUCCACUGCAUACAGAAUACCUGUUUAUGUCAUCAAGAAGCAGGUGCUAGUCAACUCUAGACGAUUAUUCAGUGAAAUUGGACUCAAAAUUCAAGACCAAAUUUGAUGUAGAAGUCAACGAUCUGCCAAUUUCUAUCCAGAUUUAGAUAUUGGCUACACAUUGUCACUACUGAUCACAAUAUAGAGACUAUAAUAGUAAUGAAUCCUGAUGAACUCAGAACUGACACAAAAUUCUUAUGCAGUGAAGAAUUGGAAAGUAUUUUCUGAACAGUGACCAGUAUUUAAACAGUGCUAUAUAUAAUAUAUAAGGAUAUUACUUUAACAAGAGUAAUAUAUGAACAGUGCUAAUUACCUGUUGAGUGAUGGACCAAAGAAAUGUCAGUCACUGCAGACUACAAACGUUUAGUGCAUUCAGCUUUUUAGUGGAGAAAAAAAAAGAAGAAAGAAAAUAUUUAGCCGUCCAUAAAACUGGUGCCGACUGACCUGUGACAGAAACAGGUGGACACAUUGACUGUCUUUGCCAUAUUCAUAUAUACAGUUUACACAGUGUGCCAUAUUAUGUAUAAGAAGAGUUGUAUAAAGUGUACGUUGUGUGCCAUACGCAGAUUUGUACAAAUGUAUGCAAUUUCACAUAUUUUAUGCAAACAAAUGCUCAAUCAUCCUGUUUCAUAAUUUUGUGCUAUAGAUGAUUAUAUAUAUAUAUCUUUUAAAAAAUCCUGCAAUGUUUUAAAUGAAAGUUAUAAAAUGAUUUCUAAAUUAUUACAUUAUUUAAUAUAUUUACAAAAAUACCAUUUGUAUUUUGCAGGGAACAUUUUAUUCAGCAUCGUGUCACGAUUCACUACACAAAUUUCAGUUUGCUACACAAUUUUAAAAUGUUAAACAGUAGUAGCUACUCAAUUUUUAACUGAGCAACAACUGUCACAAAUCAAAAUGUUUAAAACAAAAUGUUCAGUUUUGACAUGAUUUAAUUUGAAACUUUUCAGAACAAGUCAAUUAAUGUUUUUUAAUCACAAUCGCUAGAAACAUUUAUUUUAAUUAUUGUAAAUGAUAUAUAAAUGCUGCAGGAUUUUUUUUUUUAAUUCACUGACAUGUACAAGAUGUAAAUAUUGAUACUUUAUUUAUUUAUUAUAUUUGAAUAUGUGCAAUAUAAUUUAUUACAUGUAUGUACCAGUGCUAGAUAAAAUAUGGAGGUUCUAGUCAGUUUAAAUGAUGAGAAGGUCAAAUGUACUCAGUAAUAUAUUCUUAUUGUGUUAACUAGACUGUAGUGAUAAUAAAUUAUCUCUGUUCAGUUUUAUUCAAAAGAAAAAAUAUAUGAAAGAGCUACAUCCCAGAGUAAAUUAAUUUAGUAAACAUUACAUACAUCAUUUUGAAAUUUUAAAAAUAAUGAAAUGUUAAUAUGUUUUUAUUUCACUUGAUGGUUCAUAUUUUGAAGAUACAGUCUGCAUCAAAUUUAUUGCAGUAAAAAAAAACUAAAUGCCAAAAACACAUUUUAAUGAUUUUUUUAAGAAUGACAGAUCAUGAUUAAUAAACAUUAAUUUUUGUAAAGAUAUAUUUAUUUCUAAUUUUUUCCAUUUUCAAACCACAACAAGAAAAUACACAAAAUAAUAUUGUAUAGGAUAGCACAUGCUUACAUGCAUUUAUUCUGAAAAGGCCCAAUGCAAAAGGCAGCCUUGUAAUAGUUAUCUCCCUUGAAGAUGAGAUAAAAACAAAAAAUACCAUUUCAUAUCUGUGAUAUUUAACAGCAUUCCCACAUUUUAAAUUAUUUAUUGUGCUGUUAUGUAAAUAGCAUUUGUUUAGACAUAAACAAUAAGGCUGACACUGCAAUACUUUGGAAAAUAGAAAUUCCGAAAUUUCUGUUCUUUUUUCCAGAUGUAAAUAUUAUUUAGUUAUUUAUUGUAGUGUAGAAGUGUACAUAUAUGUGUAUAUAUAAGCAAAGCAUAAUUAAUUUAUUUAAUUUAUUGUGUAAAUAAUUAAGAUUUGUGUGAACAAGUUGAUAAUUUAUUAAAGUAAAUUUGAAAACACAAUACAUUCUAUAAGCUGCUUUCUUAUCAAUGAUGUUGCAGUGCAACAAUUAAAAUAAAUUAAGCUACACAUAUAAUUUAAAGUCACUGUCUUUUUAGUUUUAAUUUGGUUUCUGUAGGAAGAAUAUCUAUUGAGGGGUUCACAUUCUCUGGCGACACACUUUUAUCUAUAUUUUUUAUACAGUAAGGCUAAAAACUGUACAUUUUCAUCCUAAAGUGGGAGUGUGUGGGGGGGGGGGGGGAGGCGGCUGUCACUUAUCUUCAAACAAUUUUCGAGUGUACAGCUAAUAAGUUAAAAUAUUAUUUGCAUUUGUUGGUUUUGUUUUGGAAACAUCUCAAACUGAAUACAAACCAUUAGCAAAAUAAAAAAAUCACCCUAAUUAUUUCAACAAUAAGAGCUUGAUACGUGUAAGUUAUUAUUUCUAAUUUUAAUUUUUAACAAUGUUUUUAUAUACAGGCUUGAAAACAAAGUUUCUAUUAAAAAAAAUGUUUUUAUAAAAGUAUCCUGUAAGCUUGUUUACAGCAUGCUCUUUUCCAUAUAAAGGAUAGUCAGCAAUGCACGAUAAGACAGUACAUUUUCCUAUAUACUGGUAUAGCAAAACACAUAUAUUAAUGUUUACCUCAGCCUUAAUACAUGUAGCUUCUUGGUAGUGUAUUAAGUGUUGGCCUAAAAAUCUGAACACUGGAUAAUGAUGGUCAACUAGUACAGGCACUAUUUUUACAAAAUCAGACUCUUAUGGAACGCGAUCAUAACAGAUUUUCAGAUUUAAUCAUGAUUGUUGUUUUUUCGGUUUUAAGGUCAGUAUGUAAAACAACUAAUAGGGCAUGCCUGCUAUGUGAUUUAAAUAAUGUGUGUUUAUAAUACAGUGUUAAUAUAUUUGCUGUUCAUGUGUCGUAUGUAAAUGCUUUGUUAUUAAUAUAUUUGUAACUGUCCUGCAUACAUGUAGGUAAUAUAUUUGUAACUGUCCUGCAUACAUGUAGGUAAUAUAUUCGUUUUCACGCAAACAUCAAUGACUAGACAGAAAGUAAAUUGAAUAAACAUGUUGAAUAUGCAAAA